UCGUAUGCUGUUUUGAUUAAUUAACUAAUUAUUAUAAAUGACUGGAUUAUAAUAAAAUCCACCUCAAAGAUAUGUUGUUAACUUGUUAUCCAGCAAAACGCUUUCCUAAUCCAACUUGUUAACAAAGCUGGUUUUCUCCAACCUUUUCCUUAAGCCAAUUAAGUAACUUUGACCCUUCCUGUCUCUUUCCCUCUCUAAAGUCUUAUAAACUCUCUCUCUUCUAUUUCCAUCCUUUAUUCUUCUCUCAAUUGAAACUCACACUCAGCAACCUUUUCUCUCUUUCUUUCUUUCUUUUGUUUAUCGCAGCAAGAAGAAGACAAAGCUUCCCCUUUGGAUUCAACGUCAGAUCCCUUUCAACUCACAGUCACACAACAAAGGAAAAAACGCCACCAACAAGAACACCAGCGAUUGCACAAUUCCAAAGAAAACGGUGUCGUUUAUAAAAAAGCAUAAAAAGGGAUCGAUCGUGUAAAACUAUCAAAGAGGUAUAUAUAAAAUGAGGUGUAAGAAACACUCACCGGACCUCAGCAGCACCGUCGGCGUCUGCGCCUCUUGCCUCCGUGAACGCCUCCAAGUCCUCGUCGAAGCCCAGGCCCAAGCCCAAGCCCAACCCCAGGCCCAUUCAGCCCGUUUCGUCCCACGCGCUGUUUCCGACGAUAAUCACCGUCUCAGAAAGCCUGAGACCAAACCUCCGCCGCUCAACUUCCCCCGUUCGGUCUCGCCGUACGUUUCUCGCCGGAAAUCGGACUGCGAUCGUCGCCGGGAGCGGCUCUUCUACAGCACGCCGCAGGUUGGCUCCGCCGUAUCCUCCGCCGCGUGCGACGGAAGGACGGCGUCUUCGUCGAAGAGGAAGGUCGGAAAAUUCUGGAUCCUAUCGAACCUGUUUCCGUCCAGAUCGAACAAGACGGAAAUCUCAUCUCGCGAAUCGUGCGAGCCUUCUUCCACGGCGUCUAAUCCGUCGUGGUUCUCGACGAUCCUCUCCGCUCGCCGGCAAAACCACGACGCGAAUUGCGCUAUCGAUAGGAGGCGGUGCAGGGAAUCGGAUCGGGAAACACCGGUGACGAUAACGGAGAAUUUCAGCGACGAGGUCGACGGACACAGUAGAUCUUCAUCGGGAUGCUCGUCGGAAUCUCCACGGCAGCGGCAUCAGACGCCGGAUGUGGCGGCUCCGUCGGCACGGCGUUCGCGGCUAGGUUUCGCCGGAAAGAGCGUAACGAGCAUGGCGCUUUGUUUGAGCCCGUUGGUUAGGGCGAGUCCUAACCGUCACUGGAGCCAAAAGGGGGUGGUGCAGGAAUUGGGUGUGGGUGGGGCUCACCAUAUAUCCACUGCGGCUUCCUUUUGCGCCAACCGGUCCAGGAAACUUGCAGAUUUCGGAAGAGUCAACCACAACCGUUGAUUUUGUUGACCGUUGACAUCAUAUGCGGUGAUUACUUUUUGUUCAUUUAUGUUUUUGUGCAUAUUUUUAAUACUUUUUUCCACACAAGUAAAUUCCUUUCUUUGAAUUUCUCUAUGUACAGUCUACACAGUUUAUAACAAGGAAGAGUAAAUAUAUAUUUGAGAUAGGAGAUUGUUUGUAUUGAUUAGUGUUAUUUUUAAUGUCAUUAUUAAUUUGUUUUAUCGAUAAAUUGAUUAUGUUAUCCAUGGU